UUUAGGGUUCAGGCGCUGUAUGUUGACGUUUGCGCCAAGCAUCUUGUCAGGACCUCAACCGCAUUCCGCAUAAUCGGAUCCCCGAGCGCGCCGAUCCGGGCACAAGCGAGACACCCAAGGGCCAUGGGUCCCGGGCCACGCCACACCGAUCAACAUGUCGCUCUCUUCACACCGCCCCUCCGGCAGUCAAGGACUUCUCGACCCAUCAUGUACGGAUUGCUCAAAGCUCGGGGUUUCAGAUGUUACCACCCUUUAUCACCACUUUGCACGACUCGAAAGGAUCAUCGCUCUAGUGGCUGUUGCGGUGGGAGGUGA